UCACAUUCCGGGAUCGCGGGCGGGCAGGUGGCCACGGGCUUGGGGCGGCACUGAGUCCGCUUGCCACUCAGCUGAAAGCAGAGGAGCCCCCGGGACGUGUUGAGAGUAUGAGGCUCUGGCCUCCGCUCUGGCCUCACUUGUGACCACUUCCACCACAGUGGAGCCUUCCAAGCCCACGUCCUGUCGUGUGGUGAUCUACCUGCAGCGGGAGAUGUCUGGGGACACCUGUUUGUGCCCGGCCUCGGGGGCCAAGCCCAAGCUAAGCAGCUUCAAGGGAGGAGGGCUGGGCAACAAGUACGUGCAGCUCAACGUGGGUGGCUCCCUGUACUACACCACCGUGCGGGCGCUCACGCGGCACGACACCAUGCUGAAGGCCAUGUUCAGCGGGCGCAUGGAGGUGCUGACUGACAAAGAAGGCUGGAUCCUCAUAGACAGAUGUGGGAAGCACUUCGGCACCAUUUUGAAUUACCUCCGAGAUGACACCAUCACCCUCCCUCAAAACCGGCAGGAAAUCAAGGAACUGAUGGCUGAAGCAAAAUAUUACCUCAUUCAGGGGCUGGUGAACAUGUGCCAGACUGCCCUGCAGGACAAGAAGGACUCCUACCAGCCUGUGUGCAACAUCCCCAUCAUCACGUCCCUGCGGGAGGAGGACAGGCUCAUCGAAUCCUCCACCAAGCCCGUGGUGAAGCUGCUGUACAACAGAAGCAACAACAAGUACUCCUACACCAGCAACUCUGACGACCACUUGCUGAAAAACAUCGAGCUGUUUGAUAAGCUGUCCCUGCGCUUCAAUGGCCGCGUGCUCUUCAUCAAGGACGUCAUCGGUGACGAAAUCUGCUGCUGGUCCUUUUAUGGCCAGGGCCGUAAGCUGGCAGAGGUGUGCUGCACCUCCAUCGUGUAUGCCACGGAGAAGAAGCAGACCAAGGUGGAAUUCCCAGAGGCCCGCAUCUAUGAGGAGACUCUGAACGUCCUACUCUACGAGACCCCUCGCGUUCCUGAUAACUCUUUGUUGGAAGCCACAAGCCGGAGCCGGAGCCAGGCUUCCCCCAGUGAAGAUGAGGAGACCUUUGAACUACGGGACCGAGUGCGCCGCAUCCACGUCAAGCGCUAUAGCACUUACGAUGACCGGCAGCUUGGCCACCAGUCUGCCCACCGCGACUGACAAGACCCGCAGGCAGUCUGGGCACAGGAGGCCCUGUCUCCCAUCCUGUGGAGCCCCACCCCAUCGGCCACCCCCCAUUGCUGCUGUCUGGGUGUCUUGCUGCAGCACCCAAAGCAUGACAGGCCUUGCCUGGGAGGUCAGGAGGCCUGGGCAGGGGAGAGGGGCUGUGUUCCGUUGUCCUGGCCUCAGGCACUUCCAGAUGCAUCUCCCUCCACAAGGAGCUGCUUCUGCUCUGGGAUGAAUGGACUGACCUCCCACCUCCUGCCAAGAACACUCCCUUAGCUCCUUUGCUGAGCACCCCCUUUCUCAGUUGAGGCCCACAGGAAGCUUUACUCUGGAGAGAAAGGUGGCUUUUGGUGCUGUGGAAGCCCAAACUUUAGCAGAAGAGGGGCUUCUUUUUUCCUAAGGUGUCUAAGCACAGGUUUGAUGACUUUUUUUAAAAAAAAAAAAAAAAGGAAAUUAAUAGUUUUAAAUCUAAUAAAGGGCCUGGACAUUUCUGCCACCCCUGCAGAGUGCAAGGGCCCUGUGUAAGCCAGACCCUCUGGGCCUUUUUGAUGCCUUUGGGCUCUGUCUUUAAAGCACUUUGUACUGAUUCAGGAAGUUUGUCAUUUGCCCUGACCGAUGUCUUUUUAUGAUCCUAAUCCCCUUUUGCAGAAUCAGUCUGAAGGAGGGGAUAAAGAGGAACCAAUAAGAAAUCCUCAUAACCAGCCAGUUUGGCUUUGCCGGCCUGGCCAGCCAGCCCCAAGGGCAUCAAGGAAGGAAGGAUCCUCAAGUUGGGACCUGUGGUAUUAACAGCAUCCUGUGAGACCAGACAGCUCACCCCCACGGCUUGGAGGGACUGACAGGAUUGUUCUUUUUUGAUUCUGGUCCUCGAGGGCAUGCUGACCUCACAUACCAUAAAGCCAGAUCCUAGCAUAGGGGCCUAGAGCUGGGCCCCAGGAAGUCCACAAAGCCUAUGGACAACGCACAGUGCGGGCCUGUGCUCCCAGCUGCCCCUGUGUAGAGGUGGCCAAGGCUUGUCCGUAUGUCUGCCUUCCCUGACAUCCGUGUUAUUUAUUCGUUUGUAUCCUGGCUAGGAGAAGGCGGUUGUGUGCCGUGGUGUCUCUGGGCAAAGUAACCACAACAACCUAACCCCCUUGAAGACCUUCAUUCCUGCUUGCUAGGUCAUCUGGCCAUGGGGAUGUGGCACACCAGCCAGGGCAAGUUCCCCCUCGGAACUUUGGUUUUCAUCCCCUUGUUUGGCGUGGCCCUCAGUGGGCAGCUUAUCUGAAUUCUUUCCAGAGGAGUGCUGUCAGGGAGGGAGCCGCGCUACCAGCCUAACAAAGCAGGGUGGCCGUGGCCAGUCCCACUCUCAGGAAGGAACACGGUUGCCAGGCUCAUCCCUCAACUAUCAAGACUGCCAAGUGGCUGCUCACUGCACAUCCCAGAGCCUACAGGCAAAUACCAGGCCCGGUGAUGGACGCUCAUGAGGACCUGAAAUGACAGGAUGGGGCAAGGCAAAUAUGACUUACUAAUCAGGCAUUUAUUAGUCACAAUCUUGAAUGUAUAAAUAGCUCUCAGGCCAGGUGUUGGUAACCAGCUAGUAGUCUUCCAGCCCUCACCGGGAGUUAGGGUGACAAUCCAUUUCUUUGGCCAGAUUCAGGCUUUGGCUUUGUGUCUUUCCUACAGACUGGAAUGUCUCAGCCUGAGGCCAUAACGCUAUCUUCUCAGCUGCCCUCUGGAAGGCCUUUAGUAAAUCCCCAGCUCCCUGAGGUGUUUUCAUGCUUGUCCUUGGACCUCUGCAUUCACUCCACCUGCUCAUUAGUGCUUUGACAUUCAGACCCUUGGCCAUCUCAGGGGUACCUAGCUCUGAUCCUAAGGAAGCACAGUAGUCUGGGGCUGGGCAUUCUUCGUUAUCUCCUUGAUCUUAAGGAAAACACUAAUACUGAAUUCACUGACCUGAUCUUAGCUUCUUUAAUCAUUCUUUCUGGCUUAACGGUUGCAGGAUUUCUUAGCCUCAUUCAGAAAACGCCUCUUGGCAGUGUGAAUUUUUGAACUUCAGCCAAGCAAGGGAGAAAUAAAAGAAUGGAUUAAGGUCAAACUUUGUUGGUUUCUGAGAAAACUGGAAGCUUGCUGUUAACAACAUAGAUGAGGACUUGUUUUUGAUGAAUCUGGUGCGAGACCAUGGUCUGCCUGAAGAAUCCUGGCAUGAGAAUUUUUCUUUUGUCACAUAACCGCAAUCCUUUGUUGUUUAGCCUAAGUGAUGGAAGUAAACACUAAUUUCUAAUAAAACUGUUAUUCUACAGUGGUA